AUUAUGUUAAUGAAGCUCUCAUUUCAUUAUCACUGUUAUAUGUAAUUUUAUCUUUUCAGAUUGACUAUGACAACAAUUUAGCUUUAAACAUUAAUAGAGAGAAAAGAGAAGACAAAUGUUAUAGUUCAGAUUCAUGUAAAAAACUUUUGAAUGAUCACCAAAAGGAAACAACAACAGAUGGUAAUAGUCAAACAGAGAGUGAAAGUAUGUGCUUUGAGACAGGUGACAGUCAAUAUUCGGAGGCAUCAGUUUGUAUGAUGGACAAAUUACAGAGGCUGAAUUCUUUCCUGGCAACAUCAGAUGUAUCACCUGUGAAGGAAAAAUUGAUUCCAUUAUUAGAAUCUACACAUAAAACCAAGCAGAGAUGCGUGUCAAAAGCACUGCAGUGUAUGUCAGUAAUAUGUGAAACCAUCUGCCCUGGAGAGGGAGACACUUUGAAAGAUUUGAUGUUUAAGUCUGUAUUUUCGGCACAUAAACCUGAAAAGUCCUCUACACUUGAUGAAACAGCACUAAUACUAAAGGACACAUAUAAUUCUGCAGAAACAUGGACAUUAAGAAGACAAAUUCUAUCAGUCUUAUCCAGAAAUUACAGCUUUGAUGAGGUCAGAGAGAUGAUACCGGAUCUGACAAAGUACAGAUUUUAUGCUGCCAAACAGCACAGUGAUGAAGUAGGUUGUGGCCUCCCAGUGUCCAGAGAAAAACUAACAAGAAACAAGAUAGACGUAGCAGAGUUGGAACACUUCAUAGAUUUCAUCGUCAGCUCAGAUGUUGUAAAAGAUCUGCCUUUUGGUAUGAAGACUAUGAAGCUAACAUCUGGAGAAAUAGUCAAUGUUCCAAAUUUGAUACGAAGCCUUGCACCGUCAUCCCUUGUUAACCAGUACAUCCAGUUCUGUGAUUCCGAAAAUGUUGGUCAUUUAGGAAGAAGUACAAUGUAUAAGAUACUUAAUGACUGUGCUGCUUCCGUUAGAAAAUGUGUUGAGGGACUUGAUUAUUACGUUGCAGAGGGUGGAAAGGCAUUUCAAGAUCUUGAGAUAAUCAUAGAAAAACUUAGUGCAUCAAGUGAAAAGAAGAAAGAAUUGAAGUCAAAAUUGCUGAAUGGGAAGAGAUACAUAAAGUCAGAUUUUAAGGUUGAAAAUGCUGUAGAAGCUAUAAAAGAUUGGAAAAGUCAUGCUAUGAGAGCUAGGAAUCAAGAAGGUGCAAGGCUAGAUCUAUUAAAGAAUUUAAAUGAAAAUCAAGCACUUAUCACAUGUGACUGGGCAAUGAAAUUUCUACCACGCAAAUUUAGAGAAGGACAGAGUGACUGGUUUGCCAAACGUGGAAUCAACUGGCACAUUUCAGUAACUUUGUACAAACAAGGGGAAGAACUAAAGACAAUAACACAUGUACACAUUUUUUCAUCCCAGAUAUCUCAAGAUGGUUCUGUUACUGCUUCUGUGUUGUGUGAUGUAGUCCAUGAUCUGACAAAACAAGUACCAAACAUACAGGAGGUGAACUUCUUCUCAGAUAAUGCAGGAUGCUACAAGAACACAAUGAUGAUGGUAGCCCUUAGAGCUGAACUGGGGGAUAAGUUGAAAACGUACAACUUCAGUGAAGCACAGGAUGGCAAAGGUCCAUGUGACCGCAGGGCUUCACAUAUCAAGGCAUAUGUUAGAAGAUACAUUAAUGAGGGUCAUGAUGUCACAUCUGCAGAGGAGAUGAAACAGGCUAUAGAGGUUAAACAGAAAGGAUCAUUCAGGGUUAGAGUCGUUGACAUUGUAACUAAUUUGGAUGCAGAGAAGUCAAAGAUAAAACCAAUAACUGGAAUUACACAAUUGCAUAAUUUUUCAUUUGAUGUCAAUGGAAUAACAGUUUGGAAGGCAUAUGGAAUAGGAGAAGGAAAGCGAAUAUCAUGGGACAACAUUGGAACCACAGAGCAAAGAACCAAUCUGUUGGUUAAAGUUGAUUGGACAAUUGCAGCUCCUCAGUUGUUGGAAAUAGAAGUCAAGGAUUUUUUACUAUGA